UAUUACCAUUAUUUUUUAAAAUAAAUUUUAAAAAUUUAUCAUGAUUUUUUUAAAAAAAAUUGACCCUAUUCAUAAACCUUAUACGAUUUUUGACGCGGCUGAUCCGUUUUCUUAAACCUCGGCCAAAAGUAAAGUAAUGGAGCCCCGACUGUCCACUGCCUUGAAUUUCAACACGGGAAGGCGGCAAAUUUUACCGAUAGAAAACGUAGAGAGAGACAGAGAGUGAAAGAGCGGGAGCAAAUUUUCUUUAUUCCAGAGAGAUAAUGGCUGCAACGGUGGCGAGGUAGAUAGAGAGGAAGCGUAUCCAAGAAGAGAAGAAUGAAACCCUAAUUUCUCCCUUCGAAAUGUCUCGUGAAAGGCUAUCUGCCCAUGUCUCUUCUACCACAGAGGACAACAACCUAUUUGUUGACAUAUUGCAUGAUGCUCCUUUAUCUGGUCAUCGACAGCAUCGUGGCAUUCUUGGGAGCAUUUUAUACUGUAUAUUAUUGGCAGGAUUUGCAAUCUUUGCUGCAAUAACUUCUUGGGUAUUUUCUUCAAUACACAAAUUUGUGCCGGCAUUGCUUUGCAGUUGCAAUGUCUUGCUGCUGAUUAUCACAGGUGCCUUUCAACAAUAUCUGGUGUAUCAAGUGAUGAAAAUUAGAUUGCAGGGUUAUUACAUUUUUAGCCAGAACUUGAAGCCAAUUGUUCGUCUUCCUUUCACCACUAUCUCUUAUGGAACUGCUCUAAUUCUCUUAAUAACUGUCUGGGAGCCUUUGAUCAACAUUCAUAUAUUGUCUGUCUCUGCCUUGAUCAGGAUAAUUAUGUUUGUUGAAGUCAUCUGUGUUGGUUCUUUUAUGAGCUUGUAUAUUGGGUCGAUCCAUCGGUACAACACAUUGGACAAUCAGCCUGAUGUUUUGAAUUCGCUAUAUUCAGCUCUUCAACCAUCAAGUUCAUUGGAAGAACUUAGAUAUCAUGAUGGGGGCCGUCUUUCUGAUCAACAAAUGGCUUUGCUGCAAUAUCAGCGGGAUAAUCUACACUAUUUGAGUGAGGAGAUUCUACGGUUGCAGGAAUGUUUGAGCAAAUAUGAAAGAUCCGAUGAUGGAAGUACGCCUCAGGUUGAUCUAGUCCAUCUUUUGUCGGCUCGUGAGCAAGAAUUGCGGGCACUAUCUGCUGAGUUAAACCAAGUGCAGUCAGACCUGCGUCUUGCGCGUGAGUUGAUCAUAGAGCGUGACUCUGAGAUUCAACGUGUUCGCGCUACUAACAAUCAGUAUGUCGAGGAAAACGAGAGACUCAGGUCCAUCCUAGAUGAAUGGAGUGCUCGAUCUGCAAAGCUUGAACGGGCUCUGGAGGAAGAGAAACUGUUGAACAUAGAUUUGCAGAAGAGGAUUUCAAAGCUGAGAGCACCACCAUCUUAAUACAUCUGAACAACAUAGAGGAUAAUUGGCAUUCAGCUGUGGAUCGCAAGCAUCUGCCCUGUACAAAAAUACAUGGGAGUUGCCUCAAUUCUUUUAACAAUUGUUCUUUUCAUCUGUUAGUGUUUGUAUCUCUCAAUAGCAUUUAAACUGUGAACUCCUACAGUUAUUUGGCCUUGGGGGUAUUUAUUUGUCCUUGGGGGUUUUCUAA